AUGAGCAGCGAGAAGGCUGAUGUGAUCUAUCCGAGUCCCAAGAAGACAAAAUUUGAACAACUUCGAGCAGAUCACGAGUUAUUUCUUCAAGCUUUCGAAAGUAAGUGAGUUUGUUUUGAGUCGAAGAAAGAUACACAAUACUUCGAUCAAUUUCGCUUCAUCCCGUUGAAUGGAAUUGUUCCUCACUUUCUAAUUUAUUAACUUUUCCGCAUUUAGAACCCACACAAAUUUAUCGCUUUCUUCGAACGAGAAAUGCAGUCGCGGUAGGUACACAUUUAUUUAACUAAUUUUAUGCAAACGGACCUCUGUUAUGCUUUUGCUAUCCGUUUUGUACCAAAAUUUGUCUUUAUUUGCAGUAUUUGAAAUCCUUAGGAAAGAAAAUAAAGUGCACUCACAUAUUUAGGGCCAAUGUCGAUACGAGAUCAUAAAACAAGCUGGUUUCCUGAUCACAUUUAAAUAUCUGUUGCAGCCCGUAUUUCUUCAUCGUACUUUGUCUUAUAUGAAGCAUCGUCGAACCAGACCGGCAUCCACGAAAAAGCGGUGAGUAUAUUUCAAAGCCUUAUUGAAGGGAUUUUGGUUGACCACCAGGGAAAAAUUAGUUCAUUUUAGGACAGGGAUGCAGUAAUUUUUUCAUGUAAAUCUAUUAGCUAUUGUACCGAAUAUCAGGAAAUUUUUAUGACUUUAAAACAAAAGGACCCGACACGUGUGGCGAUCAAACACGUGUCUUUGUUAAUUCUGGUUAAUAUAUAUGUAUAUAUAGUUUUUUUUUAAGAUAACCCUUCUUCCUUAAACGAGCUACUCAUCUUGAUAUUUUUGUUUAGUGAAUGAUUUUGGCCCCAUGCAAUCCGCCAUCUUCUAGCUUUCGAACAAAGCUGCCAGGUCCCUAAAUUGUACAGAAGAGGUCCUGUGUUUAGAGAGUUCUGUACAGAUAGAGAAAUUGGAUAUCACUCGUAUAACUAGCUGAUUGUCCAAGAAAAGAUCAUUUUGUUAAUAAAAUGCAGUGAAUGGUAGACACAUUAAAUGAAUGGAUGAAACAUAGACAAACAGAUGUCCCAAUUAGAACAACGACGUUAUUAAGGCUGAUAGAUACCUAAAAACUUUUACCUAUUUUUCGAGAAAUUCCAAUUUUUUGUAAUGCUGGAGUAUUUUUCCACAAUUACAAAUCAUGUGCUUAAAGAUAGUUGUGUCCAAUCUGAAAUAAUGAUCACCUUGCAUUUCAAUUAAUUACACUAAUUUUUCAUCGCCGUGUAGCCAAGGUCACUACACAGUAGAACCCCCUCUAACUCAAACUCCCAAGGGGAACGAGUGAGUUUGUGAUUAUAUACCAAUAUUUUAACUUUAUGUGUAAGUUACCAGGUUAAAUGUAAGCUUAGGGAAAGUCAAAUUAGUAUGAAUUAACCAAGUUCAAGAUAGCUGGUUAGAAAUGAACAAAAAAAUAGUGUGAAAUCUUUGGGAAAUCACAUUUUAUUUGAGUUAGCACAGAGUUUGAGUUGGCAAGGUUCUACUGUACAUUUGUGAUGAAGAGCAAUUAUGAACUGUUGAUUUGUACUUGUAAACAUAGCUUAUGGUUUUUUUUAAAAUCUUUUAAUUAUCCUUCAAUCCAGAAGGUAUUAGAGGAAGAAUAACCAGCCACUAAAAUAAUUACUUCACAGUAUUUGUCUAAUUGUAUUCAAAUAUAAAUCAAACUUCUCCUGCAAAAGCAUUCAUUGGUAUCUUAGGGAAUUUUAUAAAAAACAGAAAAAUGACAUUGUCUAUUGAAAAAUUGUUUGGAAUUCCAAUCAUUACACCAAAAAAAUUCUUCAUUUUAGCCUUCCUAUCUAGAAGUUCAAUGUAAGUCAAAUACAAAGCACUUAAAAGAUUACUGUUUUAAAUAAAAUUGAAACAAAAAAGUUAUCCCUCUAAAAACCCUUGGCUGUUGUCUUCUUUGUCAUUUUAAGUAAAUAGUUAUCAACUUAGUAUACUUAUAUUAUCCCCUAACUACGCAUAAUCUUGAUGAAAUAUAUAUAAGCUUGACUAUUGUGUUGUCAUACCAACACAUUUUAAUUUUUUCUUCUUAAUUUUUUUGCCCAACUUUUCCAUUCUGUGGAUGACAAACAGAACAAUCCAAGACUCACUGAAACAUCUGUCGCAAAUGUAGCUUGUUUGAAAUUAUAAUAGCAAAAAGAAGGAAAGUAUUUGAGAGUUUUAAGUACCAAGACAUGCGCAAAAACCAUUUCCAUGUUGUUUAGUCCAAAUGAUCUCUAAGCUCCAUUCCCUCAUCUCUCCCAAGUUUAAGAUCUAUUCCUUUGUCUCAAUAACUUAAAGGCAGUCUUAAUUUUCUUCUUCUCGGCAGGAAAAGUUUCAAGAUUGAUGACAUGCUUGAGAAAGUUGAAAAUGAAAACAACAGAUCGGAUACAGGAGAUCCUCUGUGAGUUCCAUGUUUGAACUGAGGGAAGAUUUAUUAAUCAGCAAACUUUUGCUUCACAAAAAUGUUAAACUUUGUUUUCAUACUUUAUUGUUUGGAUAAACUUCAAACAACAUCCAUCACUCUUUGGUAAUGCACAAAGCAUUGCUAAAUAGCAUCCCUACUGUGGUUUCAUCCUAAGGUCUUUUUAGAAAUCAUAUACCACAUAUGUUUUUCAACAAUAAAAAUAUUCUGAUAAUUUGUAGAGCUAAGAACCCAUUUGGAAGAGUUGAAAUUUUGUAUAAAUUUGCAAUUUCUGUUCAAAUUGAUACCUGUAAAUUCAUGCUCUCGUUGUGGCCUCAAACUUUGCCACAAAAAAAGUAUCUUAAUGGUAUACUGGCUCCUGCAAAGAAAGUUAUUUUUAUUUUACAGACUCUAAUUUAGUGUAAAACUAGUUUUUGAUAAGAUUCUUAGAUGUCUUUUAUACCCUUUUAAAGUUUUGCUUUUUCCUUUAAAACUGAAGUUGCAUAUUUGUUCCUUUUCUGCAUUUCUUCUCCACCAACAUUGUUUCAGUACAACGUCAAUCAUGAAACCUCUAUGAAAUCCUUUUACCUCAUAUACUGUCCGAUUUAGCUUUGAUAUGUCUGCAAUUUUAGAAAUGACUCCUAGAAAAGAGACAACAUUUUCGUUAGCAAUUGCGUGAGAUAUUAACUAAGGGCAAAUAUUAUCAGAAAUAAGUUUAGAAAUUACAUUUGGAGAGUGUAUUGUUGAAGAAUAUUGGUCGUUGAAAAAUCACUUGAAUUAUUUAACGUUAAUCAAAGAUAUUGCAAUGUCAUGAUUAGUGUGGUUUGUGAUAUGUUGAGCAGGGUUUUACUCCAUUCAAUACGUUCAUUGUGAAGGAGACGAUUGAAAUUAUUGUUGAUGAAUACAGAAGAAAUUUAUAAACUGAAGUUGUUUUGAGAUAACAAAUAACAAAACAAAAUUCUAACAUCUUAGAUAUACAUGUCUCUUUACUUCAUUUGCAGUGAAAAUAGUGGCUACAUGAAUCUCACAUUUACGGGAUUUUUCCACGGAUCAGGCCCAGGUAUUUCAUAAUGUAAUUUGAAAUAAAGAAAACUCCAAGUGAAGGGGAAGAUGAAAAAACUAAUUUGUGGCUUUCUCGGAAAUCAUGAUUUUUGUGCUUUUAAAUUAUAGUGGACUACGUUCUAUAAUUGGAUGGAGGGUAUACAUUUGAGGAAUAUACCACAUCUCCCUCAGAAAUUGUGCGUUUCCUUCUUUCUUAAAAUUCCAUUUUCUAUGGAGUUUUUUUUUAAACAACUCCCAAGCAAAUAUUUCUGAAUUAGUCUCAUAUUCAUCUGUUUUUAUACUUCUCCAGCAUGAACUCUGUCAUAAACACACAUUUUUAUAGCGAAGGUUUCCUGUUUUAAAUCAACGCCAUCUUUUCCUCGCUUAAAUGACCUGAAAAAUGUGCAUUGCACCAAACGAACCCGUAGGAAAGAUUUUCAAAGUUCCACAGCAAUGUUCACGAUAUAUUAAUUACUCUGAUUAUUUCUUUUUUAAUUCUUGAUUUUCUAAAUGCUUUUUUGUUUUCAUUUUUUGUGUGUUUUAUUUUCGCCUCUUGCAGUGAAUGGUGAUUUGUCAAACAACAAAAAGAGCUCGCUACUCGUGGAAGAUUUUAUUAAAGUUGAUGUACUUCUCGUCAAAAUCUGUCACAAGCGAAGAAAGGUAUGUUCAUGGUUAGCUCAAGUUUUUGUAAUUGUGAAAAACUACUCCUCUCUAUCGACUGUCGGCCGACAGAUAACCGACAAGUUAUCGAUAGCCAUCAUUUCUGCUGCAUGCGAUAUCUCGAACGAUGAAGCAUGAAGCAUGUCGGAUCGCCCUGCAAUGCUUUGCGAACCUCUUUGGUACGAAAACUUAUCGACAGAUUACCGACUGCCAAUAGUCUGACAAUCGGCCGUUAGUCGGCCAACAGGUUUUUUCAGGAAUUUUUUCUCCACGGUUCCUCAAGUUUCCGUGACAAGUGAAAAUCUAACUAAUUUUGGGUUUAGAGUUAAAUUAAGUGUAAAGGAACGCGCCGUACACGUGCGGCUCAGUCUUGCCAAGAGCGAUUUACAAAACCUCCUCUCUGCACGUCUGUUCUUUCUUUUCCUAUAGGAAAGUGAUCCACAAGUAGUCACAGUUCCUCUCGGCCAAGGCUCUGCGCCAUUCAACCCUCGCUCUCAGUUGUUACCAGCUUCCCCGUCAUCAAGUGUGUCCGUCCCUAACGGUACUUUUAAGAGUGGUAAGACAAGUCGAACAUGCAUUCUCAGUUUGCAAGUCAGUGUCCCGUACCGCGUCAAUAGCAAAGGCACCAAGAAGAGAGGAAAAAAGAAGAAAAAUGCUGGGGAAUCCCUCUCUGAUACGGCAGAGGACGAAAACGGUAUGUUUUUUCGUAAACGCAUUCGAAGGUCUGAGUUGCUAGUAACCUAUUUGCAGCAGGUUACUUAGACGUAAGACUCGAUACGCAUGUACGCGGUCUCAUUCUGGUAAUGUUAUGUCAAUCUCUAUACCUUAGGCCUCGAUGACACUCUCACCCCAGACGAGCCCCCCACAAAACGACGUCGUAUGGGGCGGAGCUUUCCCGAGGGGGAGUGGGAUGAUGGUGAUGCAUCUGAUAAUUCAAGUUCUUGUGAGACUGCGCAUACUGUGUACACCGCUGAACUUAUCGUGUUUGACAAUAAUAAACACUGUUUACUAACGGAUGGCGAUUAUGAGCUGGCGCUGCACGAGAAGCACAAAAGACCAGGAAGGAAGAAGGGGAUACUGUCCAAUAGGACCUCCUGGGAGAACGUGUUUGAGGGACAGGUGAGUUCUAGUGAGGGAAACUUCACGUAUAAUGCUUGAGGCCAAAAAAGAGACAAGGGCAUGGCUUGGGGGACAGAAAACCUGGUCUAUCAGUGGCUAUUCUCCUCCUCGCGAGCAGAGGUCAGAUUGUAAAAGAUGUUUUAGACGUAAGAUAUGUGUCCCAUUGUCCCUGACCAGUUUGACUCGAAAUCUCUGUACAUCAAAGCCAUGUUCCUGUUUUCGCAGAUGGGUCCUUUUGAGGUGUUCGCCUACGGUCCCACUUUAAAGUUCAAACUCUCUUGGUCGGGUGCUCCAUUGGCGCGGCCACCAAAGCGUCCUACGUCACUUCCGUUGCGAGCGCCAUUGACCAGUCAGAACUCGGCUUCGACGAACGAUGUGCGUACGCCAAGCGAAGAGGCCAAUGGAAGCACUGAGAGUAGAAAGAAACAGCGAGUGUUUUACCAGUUCAUUUACAACAACAACACGCGCCAACAAACAGAGGCAAGAGAUGAUUUUUUCUGUCCGUGGUGUUCUAUUGACUGUCGAGGACUGUACAGUUUGUUGAAACAUCUGAAACUCUGUCACAGACGCUUCAUCUUUACCUAUGCUGUGAGUAUUUUAAUUGAGGGCUGUUUUUUGGUUUAAGAGGUACAUUUUCAUAGGGUAUGAAUUCAAGACCAUUAAUUCAUUAACUUAGGAAAAAGGUAAUCAAAUGCGCUGAAUUUAACCCACAAGACUUUUUUUGUUUGUUUGUUUUUUCUGAAGUUUGUAGUAAUGCAUUGCGUCUAUAUAACUGGUUUUGGAAGAUCCGUCAAAUCACAAGUAAAAACUUGUUUCAAAACAGUUACAAAAUCACAUUUAUCGCAAUUUUCCUUUCAAACUUAGCCUGCGAGCAGAACCUCGUUAUUAUUUCUUCGGCAGCAGUCUUUCUUCGUCAUGCGGGAAAGUAAAAAGCAUUUAGGAGCGCGACUCAGCCAACGGUGUGCGAGGGACCUGGUACAGCCCCCGGCAAACCUCUCCUUGCUACGUCUCAAAUCUUCCCGCGGGUAAAGAAACGCAUUUUCCGUAGCGCUAUUAACCCUCUAACUCCCAUGAAUGACCAAUACAGAAUUUCUCCUCGCAAUGUUAAUUCAAUAUCAAGCAGACAAGUGAUAAGAAUAGAGAAAAAUUAAGUUGCAUCGUUUGCUAAAGGCUGUAAAAUGGAUGCUAAACGUAGUUAGACAUAUCGCAGGAGAACGCAAGAAACACUUAUCCAUGUAAUCUUCCAUGGCCACAUGUUCGUUUUCAGCCACACAGUAAAGGAGAGAGAAUCGAUGUCAGUGUCAACGAAAACUACGAUGGAUCCUACGACGGUAAACCUGAAGACAUGAAUGAUAUUCUUGGUUAUGCACUUAGUCGAGAGGGACCUUCCAGGAGAGUGCCUUCUACCCAUGUCGUGGUCUGGAGGUAACGCAACUGUCACGCAUUUUUUUCACUUAAGCUUCUUUCUCACCACCCCCCACACACACACACCUUUUGAUAAUGUGACUGAGAAUAUUAUUUUAAUAAUAAUAAUAAUAAUAAUAAUAAUAAUAAUAAUAAUAAAUAGCUCGAUGGCAUGUCUUAACUUGCGAUUCUCAGCACUAUCCAUCGUAUGUUCUGUGGUGUGCCUGUUGGGAUAAUUUUGUUUUAUAUUAAAGUAUUUUAUCUGAUUCCGUGGUGAUUUUUUGUAAUUUUCAUGUUCUGAGUGCUUAUAAAAUAUAUUGAUUCCGGCUAAAAGGAAUGCUUACAUCUUAUCUGAUUUGAGGGCCAAUCCCCCUCUAGAGGUUUAUGUGUGCCCCACCCUCCUCAAACGGAGAAGGGGGUGCACUUAAAUCCCUUGGUUUUAGAUUCCUGUGUAGUUACGGGGUUGUUUGUGCCUUAAGUUAAAAUUUGGCCAGUGGGCUCUUAAGUUUCGAAAAGCUAGGAGAGAAGGUUCCAAAAUGUUAUCUCUUUCGUAUCCAUUGUUUGAGCUUGUACCAUGACGCGCUCAGGCUAAGAAUAUGGCGUGAUGAAACUAAACGAGCUGUGCAAGCGAGGAUUGUUGCGCACGAUCGUUAACCGCUUUGUCAAGGCGGUAAACCGAAGAAUAGUUCGUCCGAUGUAUGAUUUAAUAACCAAGACGUAUUUGAGCAAGAACUACGGUGUUGUACCUUGUAACUCAUAACUGAAUUCUGCUUCAGACCCCAACGUCGAAGAGAAAGUCUGUCGGAAUUCUUGGAGCCUGAUGACGGAGAGCUUGACGGCAAUAGACCAUUUUACAAUGGACAUCACAGGUACAUACUAAUGGCUGUAUUCAUAAAUCUAUCAACCACAAUCUAUAUUUUAAUCGCCUCUCUCUCGCGCACCUGACUUGAAGUAGGUUCACCACGUGCCAUCGUUCAUAUUUUCACGUGGCAAGUGCGUGAUUGACAGGCUGUCGUUCCUUUCAGGAUGUACUUCCAUUCGGAGACAACGCUUCCAAUCGUAACCACUGAGAAGGACCAAGACAGUGAAGACGAGACUAUUCCUGAAUGGAUGAGAGUCAAAACCAUUCAGGUGAAUUUUUUUUAACGAUCUGAAAUGAGAUGUGCAGCAAUUUUCGCCAUGUUUAAGGUGGGUGGUAAAACUAAGGCUUGGGUGGAGCUCUAUGCUUAACCUGCAUGGUUCCUGCUCGGAAUGAAUAGCCUCAAGGCAUACAUCAUUGUGCUGUGUUCUUGUUCAAGACACUCCACUUUCACAGUACCCCCCAACACCCAUGAGCAUGACUGGGCACUCGCCAGUUUUUAGGGAACCUCGUCAAAAUGUUUGGGUGUAAACUGCGAUGGACUGUGGUUUCCAUCCCAUCCAUGAGGUUCAACAAUACGUCUAGUCGCUCUGUGUUACAUACACGGGUGUAAGCUGGUUUAAGUCAUUCUCGUUUGCUGACUUCAUUCCUGCAUUAAUCUUUUGCUUGAUAUGAGAACGUCACAGCAGGAAAAUUGUCGUUGUACCUUGCAUAUUCGAUCAUCUGAGUGUCAUUCUCUUUAUCCACAAUUGCCGGGAAGUCACACGGGAUAUACUUGUUGCUAGAGGUUUUUUUUUUUUUUUUUUCUCAUAUAUUUACAUUUUUAUUUUCAGUUAAUCGAUGAGUUUACUGAUGUGAAUGACGGAGAAAAAGAAUUGAUGAAACUUUGGAAUCUUCAUUUGAUGAAAAACAGGUUGGUUUUCGUGUUGAAUGUUGGUGACACAUAAUGACAAUGAGAAAUCAGUAGAAAAUGGAAUCAAAAGUGUUUUUAACAAAUUGGCAUCUGUGUUAGUCAAAUCUUAUCUGUACUGCAUAGUCAACAGUGGAAAAUGUUAAACUGAUUUCAAGGAAUGACUUAAUGAAACAACGAGAAUAUUAUCAAUAUUUUUUCAUUUUCGUUGUACUUUUUCAGCUACAUUGCCGACUUCCAAGUAAUCGACGCUUGCCGUUCAUUUAUCGAUAAGAACAGCCAACAGCUAAGAGAGAGAAACUUGGAAAGGAAUUUUCUGCUUCACUUGGUGAAUCUGCACGACUUUAAUUUGAUCACGUCCAGUCAGAUUGAGGAAAUUAGUGGAAAACUAAGGGACUACUGGAAAGAACCGGCCACAAACACAUGUUAAGAACAGUUUGCUUGUCUCUUUAAGACCUCCCUUUAGACUUGGCAAUGGAGCCAUAUUUGCCACAAGGGGACCCUCGCCCUGCAGUAACUUCAGAUUUUAUACAUGUUGACAUUUUUUUCUGCGUAAUGAGC